GCGGCUGAGGCAAUCAAUCCGGCGUUAGGUUCCGACGGGAGAGGUUCGAAUUCGGCUUUCGUUUCUCGUUUUUGUUCUUUUUCUUUCCCUUAGAACAAUUUUAGUCAAUCAGUGAAAUACAAAACAAAAAUGAAACUCUUUGUUGUGCUCAGUGCGCUGCUCGUCGUAGCAUUCGCCCAGGAUGGACCGAAAGUCACGGAUAAGGUGUUUUUUGACAUAACCAUCGGUGGUAAACCGGAGGGGCGCAUUGUAAUUGGUCUGUUCGGCGGAACUGUCCCAAAAACCGCGAAAAACUUUAAAGAACUAGCGGAAAAAACGACUGAGGGUGAAGGCUACAAGGGAAGCAAAUUCCACCGUGUCAUUCGCGACUUCAUGAUUCAGGGUGGUGAUUUUACCCGCGGAGACGGAACCGGAGGACGUUCGAUCUACGGCGAGCGGUUUGCUGACGAAAACUUCAAGUUGAAGCACUACGGAGCCGGAUGGCUGUCGAUGGCCAACGCCGGCAAGGACACCAACGGUUCGCAGUUUUUCAUCACCGUGAAGCAGACCAGCUGGUUGGACGGCCGUCACGUUGUGUUUGGAAAGGUGCUGGAGGGUAUGAGUGUGGUGCGGAAGAUCGAAAACACCAGCACUGACGGCCGGGACCGUCCCUCUCAGGAUGUUGUGAUUGCCGACUCCGGCUCGCUGCCCGUCGAUGCUCCGUUCGCUGUGGAGAAGAGUGAUGCCCGCGACUAGAUGUUCCAGGUUUUAAGUUUGAUACUUCCACGGAAAUGCAUUUAAUGUGAUUGAAGAGAUAAUGAGAGCAAUUAAAAACAUAAACACGAUUUUAAA